CAGAUGGACUAAAGCAGAGUCAGCUCCCCGGCAGCAGCCUCACUCACUCUGCCACAUCCUCCCCCUCCUCACACACCAUGGACGCAUUUCUCACAUCCUGCCGUCGCUACUAUUAAACCCCAUCGGCUGCAUUUAGACGCGACCCUACGACAGAAAACUCCGAUUUUUUCCACUGUUUCUUUUUCUCCGUGGACACUGUUGAGUUGGUCCGCCAGCUGUGGAGCAGAGAAUGAAGUGGCGUUUCGUCAGAGCUGUGCAGGACAAAGCCAUGAACCCCUGGCUGCUUCUGGCUCUCCUUGGACUCUGUGCAGCCUUUGGGCCCAGUAAACAAGAAGAAGAGGACUAUGAAGAUGUGCCCAUAAAUAAGACUUGGGUCUUAUCACCGAAGGUCUACGAGAGCGAUGUGACUUUGAUCCUAAAUAAACUGCUGCUGGGCUACGACAACAAACUGCGGCCUGACAUCGGAGUGAGGCCGACAGUGAUUGAAACAGCCGUGUAUGUCAACAGCAUCGGACCAGUCGACCCCAUCAACAUGGAAUACACCAUUGACAUCUUUUUUGCCCAGACGUGGUAUGACAGCCGACUGAAGUUCAACAGCUCGAUGAAGCUGCUCAUGCUAAACAGUAACAUGGUAGGCAAAAUCUGGAUUCCGGACACAUUCUUCAGGAAUUCCCGCAAAUCGGACGCCCACUGGAUCACCACUCCCAACCGCCUCCUGAGACUGUGGAGCAAUGGCAGAGUCAUGUACACACUGAGGUUGACUAUUAAUGCGGAGUGUUACCUUAAGCUGCAUAACUUUCCAAUGGAUGAGCACUCGUGUCCACUGGAGUUUUCAAGCUAUGGUUAUCCCAAGAAUGAGAUCAUGUACCGGUGGCAGAGACGGGCAGUGGAGGUGGCAGACCAGCGGUACUGGAGACUCUACCAGUUUGCCUUUGUAGGGUUAAGGAACAGCUCUGAUGUGGCGCACACCCAGUCAGGAGAAUACGUAAUCAUGACAAUCUUUUUUGACCUGAGUCGGAGAAUGGGCUACUUUACCAUCCAGACCUACAUUCCCUGCAGUAUGAUCGUGGUCUUGUCCUGGGUUUCUUUCUGGAUCAACAAGGAUGCUGUCCCAGCCCGCACAUCUCUAGGUAUCACCACAGUGCUCACGAUGACAACUCUAAGCACCAUCUCCAGGAAGUCCCUGCCUAAGGUUUCAUAUGUUACUGCCAUGGACCUGUUUGUCUCUGUCUGCUUCAUUUUCACUUUCGCUGCCCUCAUGGAGUACGGCACUCUGCACUACUUCACCAGCAACAGACAGACCAAGAAAUCUAAAGCCAACAAUAACACACAGCAGAGAGCAUCGAGCAUGGUGAAUAUCCGACCUGGUACAUCCCUGCUGCAGAUGAACAACAUCGUGCCCUAUCACGAGGAGGGUGACUAUGCUUACGAGUGCUUGGAUGGAAAAGACUGCGCCAGCUUCUUCUGCUGCUUUGAUGACUGCCGCUCAGGUGCCUGGCGUGAAAACAGGAUGCAUGUGCGGGUUUCCAAGAUUGAUUCUUACUCAAGAAUAUUCUUCCCCACUGCUUUUGGCCUUUUCAAUCUGGUUUAUUGGAUAGGUUAUCUGUAUCUAUAAAACAAGUACCUCAAAAAAGGACGACUGGAGUUUAACGUCUGCAAGCAUUUCACAGUAGCAUAGCUGCUCUUGUAGCAUUGGAAAUAAUAGCUACUUAGCAAAUAAUAAACUAAAUUAAAAUCUAAAGCCAAAUUAUGAAUGACAGUGCCUUGUUUUUUCCUGCGCUAAAAAAUGAGGCAUCGCAAAUGAGGCAUCACAAAUGAGUGAGAGUCACACCGUCCCUCAAUCUGCCCAACUCCUUGUUCCAGGGCAAGACAGGUCAACAGCUACCUUUUAAUAUGCCAUUAAGUACAGUAUGAAUACUCUUUGUCCCCUGUGGAUAAUCCUUAAUCAUUAUGGUGACCCAUUGACCUUUUCAUCUUGCAACAAAGUCAAUUAAAUGACAUUUAAAUGCUUGACCAAAGGGUGAAUUACCAUUUAUUGUUUUCUGAAUAUUCGUAAUUGCCAGGGGAUUGAUCCCAUUCUUUAUGAACAUUAACUCUAAGAAGCCCCUGAUGUUCUUGAUGCUCUUCCCUUGUCAUGUGCUGCACAGUCAGCACAGCAGACUAUGUAGUAAAUGGUAGGUUUUAAAUCCCCUUUGGCCUUGUGCAUAUGCCCAUUGCACUGGUAUUUGUAAUUGCAUCAUUAAAAUAGAACCCUACGUCUAAAUGUGGAUCAUGUCAUUAAGGUUAACAACUGUAGGUAACCUAAAUAACUCAGUGUAGUUUAAUGAAUUUUUUUCCUUCAACAGCAAAAGUGCUUUAUAAUAUUGGCUAACCAAGCUCAUACACACUUUGCUCUAGUUACCUCAACAUAGGAAAUGAUGGGUUCUGAUCAGGGGUGUAGUGCUGCCAGAGAACACUGGAACGACACCCUGUCACUUGUUUUUUUUUUCCCAAGGAAAACAGGAACAGCUAAAAAGGUGUAACAUUAGUGUAAUGUUAGUUAAACAAUGAUAGAACCAUGCAGGCCCAUGCCAGGCCCCCAGGAAGUGUGCAAUUUUUGCAUGCCUUGCAGCCCAAAAAGACUUUUUCCGAUAGACUUACAUAGCAAAAGAGACUUCUGUUAAUCAGUUGAUAUGUUUUUAUAGUGUCACAACCUCCACAAAAUGAUUAUUUCACAAUCAAAAUUCGAUUCAUUUGGUCCAAUAACAUUUGGAAAGUCUAGUGGAGCUGCACAGUUAAAUAAUUUUAUCCCCAUUUAAGUUAACGGAGCACUAAACCAGAAGUAGCCAGUCAAAGUCUCAAGUGUGCCUGCUCUAUGGUCUGCACAGUGUGGAAGCAUUGCCAGUCAUCUAGGUUGAACUAUUUUGGUUUAAUGCGCUACUGAGCAACUUUCAUAGGAAUGAAUGGGGCCUUGCAUCCAAUACUUUAUAAACUCGUGGUCCUGCCCACCUUGGGCUACCUAUCGGGUUGGCUUCUACUACAGCUAGCUAGCUGAGCAGCGUUGACAGUUCCAGAACAAAAUGCAUCUCAAAUUAGUGGAUGUGCAUGUAAACUUGCCACCACUGGUUACAUAACCUUUGAAUUGAGCCACAACUUAACUGCCCCAAUGCACACAUAGUACUCUGGUACUUUAACAAAUAGCACUACACCCCUGCUUUGGUUCAAGGUUGGCAAAAUACCCUGAUUCACUAAGCCUCAGGGCUUUUGACUUUCUUAUUGCCCCUUUUUAUCUCUUCUCAUUCUUUUUUUAAUCAGCAAAGAGCAACAAAGAAACAAUUUAGGUUAAAGGGAAAUUU